AGAACAGUACCCCACCAGGGCUUUCAUAUCAGCAUCCCAACAAAAAGAUGAUGAUUAGCGUGUGAAAAAAGUCUUAAAAUUUGUAGCUUUAAGUGGUAGAUCUAGAGGAGAACGCUCUAGAGAAACAAUCUAAUUUAGCGUACGAAAUUACGGAGAUAGUAGUUUUUGUUUCGAACUAAAGUUUAGUGCUUUAGAAUCAUAGAGAGAGAGAGAGAGAGAGAGAGAGAAGCCCUUGUCUUUGGGGCUUGGCGCAGGUUCCUGGUUGAAGACUGAAUUUCCCUGCAUUAGAAGGUCUUGUUUUUUCAAGCAACUGAACUGCAUAGUGGAUUUGGGAGAAUGCCAGUGUUGAGAUGGAAUUGGUGUGAUAUCCAUGGCAGCUUGCCUGGGUGCAUUUGGCCCAGGUGAAGUUGAAUGAAAUGGAGAGAAAUUUCGGAAAAGGUACAAUGAAUCAGGCAAAAAAUUACGAACAGGUUCGAUACACUAAUGUUGAAACUAGAAAUGAGGGACCUGGUUCAGCAAAUCAAAGGUUUCUCCAUGACCCCUCUAGUAAUAUCAACACUAACAUCCGACCUCCAGAUCACACACUGUCUGUGGGAGCUAGACCACCUGUGCUGAACUACUCCAUUCAGACUGGUGAGGAGUUUUCUUUAGAAUUUAUGCGGGAAAGGGUGAUUCCUAGGCAGCACAUUGUUCCAAAUGCUUAUGGUGAUUUUAACAAUCCACCUGUUUCUAUGGGUCUGCUGGGAAUGUUAGGAAUUUCUCAUACUGGUCCGGAGAGUGGGUCUGAUGUCACAAUGCUUAAUACAGCAGAGACAAGCCAUGGUCAGGAGUUUGGGAGAAAGGGAUCUUCUGCACACGAAGACAGAGGUUAUUAUGAUUCCGUACAUUCAGUGUCACACACCUUAUCGAGAAACGAAGUGAGUCAAGGGGUUCAUGGUUAUACCUCUUCAGGAGGUGCUGAUUGCUCAUCAACCAAGGUGAAGUUCCUCUGCAGCUUUGGUGGGAAAAUUUUGCCUCGUCCCAUUGAUGGAAAGCUUCGGUAUGUGGGAGGAGAAACACGUAUUAUCCGGUUAAGUAAAGAUAUCUCAUGGCAGGAGCUUAUGCAGAAAGCUUUGGCAAUAUAUAGUGAAACACAUACAUUAAAAUAUCAACUUCCUGGCGAGGAUCUUGAUGCAUUGGUUUCUGUAUCCUGUGAUGAGGAUCUGUUGAACAUGAUGGAAGAAUUUAAUGUAUUAGAAAACAGGGGACAACAGAAACCUCGUAUGUUUCUAUUUUCUAGUAGAGAUCUAGAGGAUGCUCAGUUUGGUCUGGAAAACAUGGAGGUUGAUUCUGAGAUUCAAUAUGUUGUUGCUGUUAAUGGUAUGGACCUAGGAUCACGAAAAAGCUCAAUUGCUUUAGCAAGCACUUCACAAAAUAAUUUGGAUGAGUUGCUUGGUCUAAAUGUUGAAAGGGAAACUGGUCGAGCUGCAGCUGAAUUGGCUGGUGCUAGCACCACAACUUUGACGUUAAGUGUACCUGCGUCUACAAUUCAAUCUUCUCAACCAGGGCUGGUAAGUUCCUCAAGUGCUUAUCAGUUGAAUUCACAGCCUUAUCAGGGACUGAAAAUGCACCAUGGGGAAGCUAGCCAGCAUAUAUCAUCCACUUUGCACUCUACAGAGAGCUUCCCCCUGAUAGAUGUGAAGGGCAGCACUCUUUUAUCUGCUCCACUGCAAUAUGACUAUGGUUCAAACUUAGCAAUACACGGAGAAAAUUCAGGCCCCAUGCCUCUCUAUGGACAACUGGAUCAACCUUUGGCUAAAGAGCUGGUGCAUGGUGGCUUCCGUGCUGAAGAUCAGGAAGUAUUUCUGAAGGAGGCUAAACUCAAAAAAGUCGGAUCAGCUCCUAAAAUAAAUGAACCUGAGAAGAUUUCCCCCCUGGAUAAGGAAGCAUCAAUAAAGGAUCCAAAAACGAAAAGAGAUAGCUUGCUGGCAAAGAUUAAUGAAACGGAAAAAAUUCGAAUUUCUGAAAAAGAGCAUGUUGUUUCUUCACACCCUCAUACUACUGUUUCAGGCCAUAUUCCUAGGGAAGAGGUAUCAAUUGAUUCAUCUGCAGACAUAGGUUCACUGCCAUUGCCCUCAAAAAGUAAUAAAAAGGCUCAAGAACCUAUACAGAACCCUGUGCCACCUGAGGCUUUAAAUGAGGGGAGGAAGAACAAUGAUGAUGACUGUUUUUAUGCAAUUGAUGGAGUUUUUACGUCUGGAUAUAGUGAUGUGGAGGCUGGGCCUACUGAAUUUGGCUACCUUGAACCAUCUGUGAUUCCUCAGAGGGUUUAUCAUUCUGAGCGAAUUCCAAGAGAGCAGGCCGAAAUGAGCCGUUUGUCAAAAUCUGAUGAUUCCUUUGGCUGUCAGUAUCUGAUUCCUCAAGCACAUGGGGAUUGUUCUCAACCAAUUGCAGAAUCCGUUGAUAAAUUGCACGAAAGCAGUAUGGCUUCCCAUACUGAGCAGUCUGUUACAUCUGCCAAAAAGCUGUAUACAAUUCCUCAGUCAGUUGAAGCUGAACUUGCUCAAUUAAGAACUCCUAAAGUAGUUGCUGAUAAAAUGAAUAAGACAAAUUCCAACAUUUCAGAAGGCAUGCUUGAGUCAAAUUUAGAGAAAUCUGAACCAAGGCAGGUGGUUCCAACUUCUUUGGUUGAUCAUGAAGUAACUAGAAUCAAAGAUAUAUAUAAAGAGCACACUGUCAGUGACAAAGAAGCAGCUGGUAUGAAACAUCCUACAGCAAGUCAUGGAACUCAUAGUAAGCAUCUGAAAGAUUCCAUUUCGAAACCAUCAGAAUAUGAAUGGAGUGAUAUUACAGAAAAAAUUAACAAUGGAAAUGAACGUGAGGGGCAUGCACAGCCUUUUGCACAAAUAGAAAAUCCAGUUAGAACUGGUCCUUUAAGGGAUUCCAGUGUUGGUGUUGGCCAUAGUGAGCAGGGGGACAUACUUAUUGACAUCAAUGACCGAUUUCCUCAUGAUUUCCUAACUGAUAUGUUCUCAAAAGCAAGAAUCUCUGAAAACCUUGCUGGUAUGAGUCCGAUGCAUGGAGAUGGGCCAGUUGCAAGCUGGAAUGUUGAGAAUCGUGAUCCUAAGCGGUGGUCAUAUUUCCGGAACCUGGCUCAAGAUGAGUUUUCUAGAAAAGAUGUUUCCCUUAUGGACCAAGAUCACCCGGGUCUCGCUCAUCCACUUACAAAUAUCAAGGAGGGAACUCCUGCUGAUUACAGCUAUCCCCCUUUACAGCCUGAUGGAAGUGCAAUGACUCAAAAUGAAUUGCAUAUCAAUGUUGGUGAGGACAUUCAGCGAGAGUCAUCUAGUACUGUUAGACCCAAUACCAUGGAUAUGCGUCAAGAUAACAUGCAUUCUCAUCUCCAGGGUGAUCAAAGUGUGCAUUUACAGGGCAUGAACGGUAGAAUACCAGAGUCAGAAUAUGAGGAGGGGAGGCUGGAUCUCCCCAGUACCAGUGCACAUUUUGUUGAUCUUGGUUUGGGAGAUUUUGAUAUCAGUACGUUGCAGGAGGGGAGGCUGGAUCUCCCCAGUACCAGUGCACAUUUUGUUGAUCUUGGUUUGGGAGAUUUUGAUAUCAGUACGUUGCAGAUUAUAAAAAAUGAAGAUCUGGAAGAGCUUAUAGAACUGGGUUCUGGCACUUUUGGGACUGUUUACCAUGGGAAAUGGAGAGGAACAGAUGUUGCCAUUAAGCGAAUAAAAAAGAGCUGUUUUACUGGUCGUUCAUCUGAGCAAGAACGAUUGACUGUGGAGUUCUGGCGUGAAGCUGAAAUUCUUUCAAAGCUUCACCAUCCAAAUGUGGUGGCCUUCUAUGGUGUGGUGCAGGAUGGACCGGGAGGAACACUGGCCACUGUGGCAGAAUUCAUGGUGAAUGGUUCUCUAAGACAUGUUUUACUUAGCAAGGACAGGCAGCUUGAUCGCCGGAAGAGGCUCAUUAUUGCAAUGGAUGCAGCAUUUGGAAUGGAAUAUUUACAUUCAAAGAAUAUUGUACAUUUUGAUUUGAAAUGUGACAAUUUGCUUGUCAACUUGAAAGAUCCUUUACGACCCAUUUGCAAGGUUGGCGAUUUUGGCUUGUCAAAGAUUAAAAGAAAUACCUUGGUUACUGGUGGUGUGAGGGGAACCCUUCCUUGGAUGGCUCCAGAGCUCUUGAAUGGUAGCAGUAGCAAGGUUUCUGAAAAGGUUGAUGUGUUCUCUUUUGGAAUUGUCCUUUGGGAGAUUCUCACUGGUGAGGAGCCUUAUGCCAAUAUGCAUUAUGGAGCGAUCAUAGGAGGUAUUGUCAAUAACACUUUGAGGCCCCUGGUUCCAAGCUCCUGUGACUAUGAAUGGAGAUUACUAAUGGAACAAUGUUGGGCUCCAGAUCCCGUGGCACGCCCAUCAUUUACAGAGAUAGCUAGACGAUUACGGGUUAUGUCUGCAGCAUGCCAGACUAAAUCACAUGCACAGAAUCAGGUAGCCAAGUAACCGCAAAUGAUUCUCUUAUUAUGCCAAUUUAGCCAUCAUGAUGAGAUACAAUAAUGCCAGUUAUGUAUAUAUGUUUUCAUAUAUGUUCUCCAUAUAAAGUUGUUGUGUAUUUAUAUACAAAAUAGCAAGUUGUUGCUCACCAUUGAAAGGGUAAGAUAUGAUUUUGGUUUGUGCAGAACCUGGAGGAAUUGUUUAUACAUGUAAAUCUAUCAUGUGUCGAUGGUAAAAAAUUGAACUUUGAUCUGA